UUAUGAGCAAUAAUAGUAAUAACAAUAAUAAUAACACUAAUGAUGUUGAUGAAAUUGAAAAGAUUUUACAAAUGGAAAUCAAUAGUAGUGAUAAUGAAUAAUAAAAUAAUUAAUAAAAUGACUAAAGUAAAAGAGAAUAAGUUGAAAAGUAUUUUGAUAGUAUGACAGCUUAAGAUAAGAUGCGUUUAUUAAAAAAAAGAAAAAUUUGUGGUUUAGUUGAAGGCUGUGAUACUAUUGAAGGAUAUCAAAAACUUAAUCGUAUUCAUGAAGGAGUGUAAUUAAUAUCUUAUUUUUAAAAUUAGUUAUGGUGAAGUAUUUAGAGCACGAGAUAUGUUAACAGGAGAAAUAGUAGCAAUCAAAAAAAUCAAAUUUAGUCAACACAUCGAUAAAGAAGGAUUUCCAAUUACAUCUAUUCGAGAAUUUAAUCUAUUGUUAUCUCUUAAUCAUCCUAAUAUUGUUAAAGUCAAACGAAUUGUUAUGGGAUCAGAUAAAGUAUUUAUGGUCAUGGAAUAUAUGGAACAUGAAUUAAAAGAUUUAAUAGAAAGAUCCAAGUAUUAAUUCUCUACAGCUGAAAUAAAAUGUUUACUUAGAUAAUUACUACUUGGAAUACAACAUUUCCAUUAAAAAUCAGUUAUGCACCGAGAUUUGAAAACUUCAAAUUUGUUGUAUAACAAUAAAGGAUAACUGAAAGUAUGUGAUUUCGGAUUAGGUAGACGAUGUCAAAGAAACAAACCAUACACUCUUAAAGUGGUGACAUUAUGGUAUCGAGCACCUGAAUUGCUACUUAGUAUUCCAAAAUACAAUCAUAAAAUUGAUAUUUGGUCAGCUGGUUGUAUAUUUGGAGAGCUACUCUUGAAAGAUCAAUUAUUUAAAGGUCAGAAGGAAAUGGAAUAAUUAGAACAUAUAUUCAGAAUCUUAGGUACUCCAACCGAAGAAACAUGGCCUGGAUUAAAAGUAUGAAUAAUAAUUAUAAAGAAUAUAACUUUGGCUGGUCCUUUGAGAACUAUACCUAAAUACCCAGGAGUCAAGUUACAAGAUAUAAUUUCUAAAGAAUUCUAACUUUCCGAAUGGGGUUAUGAUCUUCUUAAGAAAAUGUUAACUUUAGAUCCUGAAAAGAGAAUCGAAGCAUCAGAUGCCUUAAAACAUCCAUGGUUUUCAGAAUAACCACUACCUUUAAGUGAAGAUUUGAUGCCAACUUUUCCUCCUUUAAAUGAAGUUAAUAGAGAUGAUGUCCGAAAGAAGGUCAAAAAGUGAUAAUUAAAU